AUGGCAUCACUCUCCCAGCUAAUCACCUGCUCUCUAUCAUCACCGAGCCCCUCCUCUCCAGGAGCGAGCUUUUGCCUUAAGCCUCGCCGCGGCGCCGUCGGACGGGUCUCGUGCACAUCGUCUCCCGCGGAGCCCGACGCCUCUAGGCUCGACCGCCGGGACGUCCUCCUCGGUCUCGGCGCGGCCGGUGCAAGCGCCACGGCGGCGGGCAUCCUCCUGUCGUUCCCGCGCCGCGCCGGCGCCGACCCUGUCGCGACGCCCGACAUCUCCUCCUGCGGCCCGCCCGACCAGCUCCCUCCGUCCGCCAACGUGCUGACGUGCUGCCCGCCGCCCUCCAGCGCCUCGCCGGUGGACUUCGCCCCGCCCGCCGACGCGUCGUCCUCGCCGCUCCGCACGCGCCCCGCCGCGCACUCCGCCGGCGCGGACUACGUCGCCAAGUUCAACCGCGCGAUCGCGGCCAUGAAGGCGCUGCCGGCGGACGACCCCCGGAGCUUCGCGGCGCAGGCGAGCGUCCACUGCGCCUACUGCGACGGGUCGUACAGCCCCGACGGGUUCCCGGGGCUGGAUCUCCAGGUGCACAACUCCUGGCUGUUCAUGCCGUUCCAUAGGUGCUAUCUCUACUUCUUCGAGCGGAUCCUGGGGAGCUUGAUCGGUGAUCCCACCUUCGCCAUACCGUUCUGGAACUGGGAUGCACCGGACGGGAUGAGAAUGCCGGCGAUGUACACCGACCAGUCCUCACCGUUGUUCGAUCCCCGGCGGAACGGGCGGCACGUGCCGCCGAAGCUGAUCGAUCUGGACUACAAUGGGAGGGAGCCACGGUUCACCGACAACCAACAGGUUGAUCACAACCUACGUGUCAUGUACCGCCAGGUAUAUGUGUGUGCAAUGCGUGCAUCGAUGCAGCGCGUCUCUACGAAAUUGUCAGGUGCCUACCUGACAUGGCUGUUCCAGCUGAAGAGGAGGAGAAGGAAGGAGAACCUGAAGCUGAUGAAGAACCUACUGAUGAUCAAGACUCUGAGGGCAUAAGGCGCCAAGAUGAGGAGGAGGACAUUCAGACCAAUACUCAAGUGCCAGUUAGGCCAUCAAGAACGAUGAAGCCCAACCCCCGUUACCAUGGGCCUGAAUGGGCUGUGUAAUCCAGUUGGCACUGUACAGCUGGCUGUUGCGUGUGUGAUGCGAAUUCGAGAGAGAGAGAGAGUGGGUAAUGUACCUGAUACUUGUAUAAAACAGGGGAACCCAAGAUGAAAUGGUAUGAACUGGCAACUAGGCGGCGAAGGCGGCGGAAGGCUUAAUCCUGUCGGAUUAGAGCAAUAGACUACCAAUUAGUUGUCAAAUCCCUAUCAUUGCGUGUGUGUUCUUGUUCUUGCUCUUUGGAUCCUAACAAUCUGGUAUCAGAGCCUCUCUUGUUCUCUCAAUCCUCUUGAUUCUGCGGUAAAAUUCCUUGGGGCGGAUUGGAGUUGAUCUUUGGAUCGACACCGCGAAAAGGAAACUUGCCACCCCAGGUUUGCGGAAUUCGGAGUGAGAACGAAUUGGUUCCGAUUCCCAAGUAGUAAACCAUGGAUACUGAUAAGAAGCUGGAUCUCCUGCUGCAACUC